AUGAAAAUGUUCAAGACUGUUUUUGUGGUUUUGGCCGUUUUUGUUGGCGAUGUCUUUUGUUCACGGGUGAGGUUGAGUACUGUAACUUAGUGUCCAUUUUAGGCCGACUUGCUAAAAGACAACUACUACGGCCCUGGCCCAAAGAAAGCUGACGAUGUAACAAUCAAGCCUCUGAACAUCACAGUUCCCUACUCUGUUCUUGAAGACCUCAAGAACCGCCUGAAGAAUGCCCGCAUCACUCAUACACAACUUGAAGAUCAGAAGAACUUCCAUUUUGGGUUCUCGCUGAAAGCUCUAAAUGAGUUCAAGGACUACUGGCUCAACGAAUACGACUGGCGGAAGGUUGAGGAGGAGUUGACUCGAUUCCCCAGUUUCAAGACCGAAAUUGAAGGAGUUGGAAUUCACUUCAUUCAUGCCAAACCUCCAGCUGGAAAAUACAAGACAGUCAAGCCGCUGUUGGCUUCGCAUGGAUGGCCCGGAAGUAUUCACGAGUUCACCAAGGCGCUCCCCAUUUUUACCGAUCCGCAGGCCAACGGUAUCAAUGUUAGUUACGCCUUCGAAGUGAUUACUCCUUCAAUCCCCGGCUACGGUUGGUCUGACGCCGCCCAAAAGUCCGGGCUGAAUCAAGCGUCCGCCGCGCGGAUCUACAACAAGCUGAUGACUCGUUUGAACUUCACCAAGUACUUUGUUCAAGGUGGAGAUUGGGGAUCGACGAUUGUGGGAAACAUGGCCCGGCUUUAUCCACAAAAUGUGCAAGGCGCGCAUUUGAACAUGUUAGUCAGCUUGAACCCGGCCGUGCUGGCCAAGACUACGCUUUAUUCCGCAAGACCUGUCCUGUUGAAGGAGGCCGGUUUCAAGGGCUACAGUGUUGCGCGCUAUAUUAAUUUCGCAAUCACCCAAGCCGGCUAUUUCCAUCAGCAAAUGACCCAGCCCGAUACUGUCGGUAUGCUUUAUAUUGUCAUUAUUAAAUCCGAGUUAUUGUAAUUUUGCAGGUAUUGCCCUGAACGACUCCCCAAUCGGUGUGAUGGCCUGGAUUCUGGAGAAAUUCUCCGGUGGCACCAACCCGGCCUACGAAGACUUCGAGGAUGGGCAUUUGACCAAGAGGUUCACAAAGGAAGACCUUAUCACCGCGGUGAUGAUCUACUGGGUCAACGGAAAUAUGCUGCAAUCUGCUAGGUUCUACAAGGAAUUGUUCAUCUCCAAAGACGCUCAAAACUUGAUGAGGUAAGAUACGAUCAGUAAAGCAAAAAAUCUAUUCUCUUUCAGUGAGUUCAUUACGGUUCCGACCGGCUACGCCGCUUGUCUCAACGACGCUGUUCCCGCUCAACCUAAGGAUGUAGCGUCCGCAGCGGUAAACCUUCAGCAUUACAGUACCAUUGACGCUGGCCAUUUUGCCGCCAUGGAGAAGCCGUUGGAGCUGGUGAAAGAUGUUUUCGAGUUCACUAAGCCGCUUGUCAAGUAA